UCUGGGGCUGCUGUGUGUUUUCCUGAUGGCUGGGCUCAUUGGCCUCGGUGUUCACUACCGUGAAUCAGUACGUGAUUCAUCUGCAAAACUCUCCACUGUGAAAGCCAACCUGACGGAGCGUCUCCAGAGCAUUAAUAACGAGAUGUCUUCUGUGACUGAAGAGAGAGACCGACUGAAUGCCAGCCUCAGUGAAAUUACUGAAGAGUUGGACAAGCUUCAGAGUUUGUCCAAACAGAACCAUGAUUCAGCACAGCGUUCAGCUGCAGAACUCUCCUCUAUCAAAGUGAACCUGACUGAGCUUCUCCAGGCCAGAGAGAAAACCUGUCCUGCAGGAUGGAAGAUGUUCAGUCAUAACUGUUAUUUCCUCUCUGAUAAGUCUGGUUCUUGGGAUAAAGGCAGAGAGGACUGUAAAGGCAAAGGAGCAGAUCUGUUGGUGAUAAACACCCUGAAGAGCAGAUAA